CCUUAUGCAAAUCGUGUCGCCUUCGAGAAGCAAAUAGUGAUACAAGAACUGGGGAGGCGGCUUCGACGCGGACCCUACAGAGCCUGUCGUCCGCCCGAUAGCCAGCUUCAUCCCCGCGGACGUCCAGGCUCCGAGCCAUCUAGCGACUCGGCGAGCGGCCUCAGGUGGACAAUCAUCUGGAGAGCCCGCCUUGGGCCAGGGACUUUCACUUCAAGCCGAGUCCCCAGUUCAAGAAGGAGGUACGGCCGCCUCCUUACCCCCAGCUCAGGCCCACCAUGGGGAAGAACAAUAGCAAGCUGGCCCCUGAGGAGCUGGAAGAUCUGGUCCAGAACACGGAGUUCAGCGAGCAGGAGCUAAAGCAGUGGUAUAAGGGUUUCCUGAAGGACUGCCCCAGCGGCAUCCUCAACCUGGAGGAGUUUCAGCAACUCUACAUCAAGUUCUUUCCUUACGGAGACGCCUCCAAGUUUGCACAGCAUGCUUUCCGCACCUUCGACAAGAACGGCGAUGGCACCAUCGACUUCCGGGAGUUCAUCUGCGCCCUUUCUGUCACCUCCCGUGGCAGCUUUGAGCAGAAGCUCAACUGGGCCUUUGAGAUGUACGACCUGGACGGUGAUGGACGCAUCACACGGCUGGAGAUGCUGGAGAUCAUUGAGGCUAUCUAUAAGAUGGUGGGCACCGUGAUCAUGAUGCGCAUGAACCAGGAUGGGCUCACGCCCCAGCAGCGUGUAGACAAGAUCUUCAAGAAGAUGGACCAGGAUAAGGAUGACCAGAUUACGCUGGAGGAGUUCAAGGAGGCGGCCAAGAGUGACCCGUCCAUCGUGUUGCUGUUGCAAUGUGACAUGCAGAAGUAGGGCUGGUGAGGGGCAGGGCCCCUGGCCAGGAAAGGCGUGGCGCCUCCCAACCUGAUGUCCUCUCUGCUGGCCCACCCCUGGGGGGAGGGGCGUUCCAGCCUCACUCUCUAGCUCACCCAUUCCUCUGCCCAAGCCUUUCUCUCCUCAGUCAAGCUCCACGAGUGACCACCUCAUCCUGCGAAGGAGACAGGUCCUCUCAAGUAGCCUGUCCUCAGAUAGUCUGCCAUUAGCUCCACCUCUAGCCUUGGCCUAGAACCAACAUCCUUUGGGCUUAGGAGAGUUGGCUUUUGACCCUAGAGGCGAGGUUAAGGAGGGGAUGAGGACUUGCUUUGCAAUCCUGCUGUUCUCAGGAUUAUGGUCCAAAUAAACAGUAUGGUCCACGGGCCCCAGGUGGAAGGACCAAACCGGGUCUAUCCUGGACUCUCCGGAUUCCCUGAGAGGUGGUCUCUGCCCUGCCCCCUUGCUCUACCUGGCUUCUCUGGCCCCAGCCUUUGGAACGUUCAAUGAGUCCUUUCUUCAGCUAAUGCUUGUUGAGUACUUGCCCCAUGCCAGGCACCUGACGGUGCUAAGAAUACGGUUGUUUACAGAAACCCAUUCCAUGCCCCCUGGAAGCCCACAUGGUAACAAGACAACUUCCAAGGGUCUCGGUCUCAGACCGGGAUGUGAAGCACAACAGGAGAUGAGGGUGCGAGGCAGCUGGCGAGUUGUCAGAACUAGUGUGUCCUCCAGUCGGUGCCACCCAAAGCUGCAGAAAGACCGAAUGAAAAGCCUGAGGAAGCUUAGGUGCCACGUGGGUGGAAACUUUAAGAAAAACAAAACAAAAAAUUAUGUAAUAUUUAUUUUUUUAGUGCCCUUUCGAAGAGAUAAGAUCAUUUUAUUAGACUAUUAAAAUAUACUCUAUAUUACUUGAUUUCUUAAAAAAAAGAUUUAAAUGAAUAUAAAAAUGCUAACGUUGGGGGUGGGGGGGACGUUUAGGCAAAAGCGGUAGGGCUACCAUCAGACCUGGAGAACCCGAGCUCUCACCACCAGCAGUUCCUGCUGUCCUCUGCCACAUCCCUUUAUCUGCUUUUCAUAGUUCCACGGGCGACUUUUCUGUCCCACGCUUCGGGUGCUGGCGUCAGAGAACCAGGGGCAAGCGCAGUUCAUACCCACGUCUUGGAAGCUUGUUUCUGAGUUUGGGUUGGUUUGGUUGGCUUAUCGUUUCACAGCCUAAGCUAGACGGAGCUAGAAGAAAGGAAUCCUGCAGCCGCUGUGCGUGCGGGCUUCUGGGCUCUGCUUAUUUGUGAACCAAAUGCUUAAAGAAUGUGCUGGAUGUACUCCAUACAAAAGGCUUUCCCUAAACCUUUCCAUCCUAGAUCUGCCAGGUAAUCUACUUCGUCCACCUCCAAGCUCACCAGCUUAGCUUUCUGAACUUUAAGGUCUCUGAGCUAACUAUUGUGCUGCAUGCUUUCCAGAAAAAAAAAAUCCACUUGCUUCUUCCAGCUCCACACCUCACUUCCGCCCGCGCUUCCUUGUGAUCAGAGGUUGGCUUUGACGUGCCAUGACAGUUGGCUUCCUCUUGAACUGCUGUGAAAACAGUCUAGUACAGAGAUGCUGUCAGCUGGGGUGGGAGUUGAGAGCGCUUGUGAAGCCGGGGCGUGUGCUGGCAAAGAUUGCCCUGCAGAAGAUACACGAUUUGCCACUUCCGGGUGUUCAUCUCCCUGCUGGUCGAAGUGUUUGUAGAUUCUGACCUGUGGUCCGAAGUUCUGUCUGACUUUCCUUCUUGUGGCCUUUGGAGGGAGCAAGUCACCUUCUUCCUGACCUGCCUACCCAGGCCAUGUGGUGAGGCUGAGGAACUCUUAGCCUCAAGUGAUAGUGGUAGGUGUUUAUUUUUUGGUGACGCUUCAUGGGGCUGCUGCACAGCUCUCACAAACUGCCCGUUAAGCUUGUCUUGUGCUGUCAUCGCUGCGACAGAUACAUGAGUGCUCCACGGCCUAGCUCGGCUGGGACCUGAAUCUUCUAGUGAAAAGCUUUUCCUUGCCCCCAAAUGUUUAAUCUAGCCCGAUUCACAACGACACAGAAUUCCUUGGCUUUCAAAGGCUUGUAUCUGCCUGCAUCUUGUUUUGUCCUCACAGCCCAGGGAGAUAGGGGUUUUCAGUACCUUUACCCAGGCUUGGAAGCUAAGGUUACAGGUUGAGGGUGAGAGGUCUCUUGUAUGAGAGACAAUAUUGAGACUCGAAUGCAAGGCUCUCUAAGAGUCUCUUUUCUGCCCCACCUGAUUUCUCCAGAUGCUAACUGCAAGACAAAUUGACUUUGUCCUUUUAGAAGUUUCCUGCCUGCCAAGAACUUUCUGAGGGGACAGUCUUCCAAAAAGGAGGAGGAGCUUGAAGUCGCUCCAUUUUCUAGCAUCCUCUGGUUGCUUCAGGGCAGCUUUGCAUGGACCAAAGCUGUUCUUGGAGGCUGCAAACCAAAUCCUGGAAGCACCUUGCUUGUCUUCCCCACUAUCUUCCUUCCUAAGGGAAUUACUUUUCUUUUUCCAAGCUGGUCGGCAAGUUCUACUAUGCGACAGAUCACUCCAGGCUUCUGGUCACCCCCUCAUGGGCAAUAUUUGCUACUUCGGCCAAGGGUUUCAGACAGCCCAGCAGGCCCCAAGCUGGCUCCGCCCUCUUGCUGAUGGGAGGAGCAACAGGCAGGUUAAGCCUCGCUCCCACAUUCUCCUGGGUGUCUAAACCUCAGCAUAUCCAGGAGACCACGUGGUAGAGUGCCCGUCCCUGCCUUGGGAAGAGAAAGGUUUCCCAUCUCUGCUCCAGCUUGAGAAGCGUCUUAUCAUGAAACACGAGGUCAGCAGAGAUCUGUGUGCGUGACUUGCACAGACAUGGAAACAUAAAUGCAGUUAAAAUGCUGACAUAUCAGAUGUGAGGUUCUGUAUCCUCUUACAGAAUGUGAAUCUGGUGGUUCCAAAUUUAGCCUUCUCACACCCCCUAUCCUCAUUCAUCCUCUCUGGCUAAGCGAUGAGCCCCCUAUUUCUCAUCCCCAAAAAAAUCCCCAGCGUGGGCCGCUCUGUGCGCUGCUGUAGGCCACGCAGCUGCCUAAUUACUAGCGAAUCUUUGAAAUUAAGAGAAAGCCACGCCCAUUGGCAAAGGCACUAAUUCUUCUCUGCUCUGGCAAUGGCAGGACCCCAAAAGCAGAACUCCAUUUUACGUAGGAGGUCGUGGGAGCAAGAAGAGGACAAGCUGGUCUCCCUAGGCAGGGCAGUGAGCAGACACUGUAAAUAUUUUUACACAAAAUUUUAUUAAAGCAAAAGUUAUUUCCUGAAGAUCCACCCUGGGUGAGGCUUUGUGUUGGCUUUAGAAAUCACCUCGGGCCUAAGAAUACAUUUCUUACAUAGCUCCUUCAUUGUGCUCAAAGAAAGCAAAGGAUUCACGUGCUCAAUUUAAAAGUCUCCGAAAAACAUGGGUUGUUUUUUUUUCCUAGACUUUUCAGGAUUUUCUCUUCUUAGCUUUGUCACAAUGUGGGGUAGGACAGGGUCUCCCAGGAUGCAUGGGUCCCUCUGCUUGGUGGAGGCUGUCCAGGCACUUGGUCUUCUAAGCAGUGAGGAAGCCUAGGUGUAUCCCGGUUCACCAUGGGAGCCCCCGUGUAGCUCCGACCCCUCCAGACAUGCAACUUCUACUUGUGUUCACAGCGACCAUCUUCACUGAUCAACCCUGUGCCACGUGGUGUGUGUUUUCCCCACUGACAAUGAAUAAAAGGUGUGACUGUA